GCGGAGGUCAGUUAAUUGAAGUAAUCGGAGGAAUUGCAUACGGACCACAGGAGAAGAGGAGGAUCACUAUGGCGACUCAGAAAAGUAUAUCAGUUGCUCCCAUGAAAACGGCCGAGGGGAACGCUGCCCAAUCAUCUGAUAUCAGUAAUGACACUGCUUUGAUGUUGCAGCCAUACAGUAACUGGGAACAGUUCCUGAUGCCUGGUCCAAGUUCUGUUCACAUUUUAGGGCAGCUUAUAUUCCUUUCUGCAAGAGAGGACUUUGCAAUUGACAAGAUGGUGCCCAAGGAUGGGUUUAAGUACAUAAAGUAUCCCAAAUCAUUCCGUGCCUCUUUAGUGCAAGUGAGCAACGAGGGCUGGGAGGCUUUUCAGGAAGCCCACAACAACAUGGAUCAAAUCCGGCUUCUCGCUCUGAACGUCACCACUGACAUGACGGAAGUUAUGAUGAUCCUUGCACAGGAUGAUCCAAUGAUCAUCGCAGAUUUCCUCCAGAUCCCUUUGGAAAGCAUCCAAUCCACUGCAGGUAAAUGCUUGGAGCUGUCUAAAGCUGUGAAGGACAAGUUCACUGGGGUCAUCGAUCUCAUCAGUGAACUAUUGGAGGCCUGUACAGGCUCGAAAGGAGAGUAUGAGGAACAAAUAAAGGAAAUAAAAAAGAAAAAAGAAAUGGCUGAAAUGCAGGAGAAAGCAGCAAGAGAGGCUAAAGCCAUGAUGGAAGAGCAACACCGAAAACUGGAAUCACAACUGGAGCAGGCACAGAAAGAUUACAAAGACAGUAUGGAUUCUAUACCUGUUGGCUGGAAUGCUGUGGCAAUGACAGCAGUAGAAUCAUUUGUCAAUGCACUUACAUCAUUCAGCCCUGCAGGAAUUGCGAAGAUUUUUUCCUCUCGAGGGAGCAGAAAUGAACCCAGUUCUAAGGGCACUGGGAAUAAUAUCAUUUAUGAAGAUGUGCUCCCAGAGGUUUUUAAACAAAUGCUUCAUUCCUUCCAGACCCACGAUGAGAAAAUUGACUGGGAGAAACUGAACAGUAAUAAAGGAACAGAAAUAUUAAGUGAGUGUAAGCAGAACUUGAAGAAAUUUCAGGUGGCAGCAGGAAAUGGCGGUGAUUGCCCUGAGAAGGUUGCAGCCCCGAAAAUCUUUGAAACAGGAAUUGGAAUAUGUGAGGAGCUGGAAAACCUGCAGAAGUCUAAACCAGCUGAUGAAAAGGCAAUGGCUGAUCUAGCUGUGAAGAUCAAACGAGUGUUGCAGGAUACAACGAUGUCUGCCUCUGACAACAAGGCAAAGGCAAGGAAGACCCCACCUCGCAUGUCUCGUUCCCAGUCAGGAGUCGGUGCCAGUGGUUUAUCCACAGCCUCUCUCAAUGCCAGGUUCAAAGCAGAACAGUUUGAAGCACAGCUACAAGCUGCACGGAAAUUGAAUGAGGAAAGCUUUGAGGAUAUGAAGAAGAAGAAUGAAGAAAUACAAGCGAUCCUGGAAAUUCUGAAGACCUGUGAUGUUCAGGAAAUAGAUUUUAAAAAUACUGUGGCGGUGCUAAGGAUGGGAUUGGACGCAUUGGGCCGUGUGAAAGAACAAUGGGUUAAAAUGGUUCAGCUCUUCUCCAUGCUGUCAAACCUGAUCGGAGGCUCCCUGAACCCUCCACUUUACAAAUUCUUACAGUACAGUAAACAGUCUUCCUCCAGCAAUUCACAGAUCCAGUUCGCCAAGAAACUGCUGCAAAUGCCCAUUUCUCAAGCCACCAAAUGUGCAAGCAUUGUCCACAUGAUCACUGAAACAUACGUACAGGUCUCCUCUCAACAUCUGAUGGGUCAGGUCAGCAGUCUGGGGAAAUUAAUGGGCCUUGAUCCAAAUCCGGAAAGCAUUAAAUUUGAGCGUGAUAAAUUUGAUGCAGAGUGUGAUGAAGCACAAAAAGCCAUUGAAAAUCUUGCAAAGGCGAGCAAGGAGCGGUAUGAAAAGCGUUUGCAGGCGAGAAUAGACAGAAUCCUCAACAGUGUAAUAGACUAGCCACCCCUGCUACACCAGAAGAAAUGAAAGAAAUUAAAGAGACCAUGUAAAGAGGCAGCUAAGCAGCAACUGAGAAAAUAUCGGAGGAAGUCUUGAAUGAUUUUCGUCCAUACGACUGUCAGACCGUGAGUUCUAGGAACAGAAUUAAACAAUUUGGCCCACCGAGUUUACUCCAUGAUUUCAUCACUGCUGAUCCAUCUCCCCUCUCAACUCCGAUCUCCUGCCUUCUCCCCAUAUCCCUUCAUGCCCUGUCUAAUCAAGGAUCUAUCAAUCUCUGCCUUAAAUAUACCCAAUGACUUGGCCUCCGCAGCUGCCUGUGGCAAUAUAUUUCGCAGAUUCACCACUCACUGGCAAAAGAAAUUCCUCCACAUCUCCAUUCUGAAAGGAUGCUCGUCUAUUCUGAGGCUGUGUCCUCUGGUCCCAGACUCCCCCACCAUCGGAAACAUCCUCUCCACAACCACUUUAUUGACGCCUUUCAGCAUUGGAUAUAUUUCAAUUAGGUCACCCCUCAUUCUUCUGAAAAUUCCAGUGAAUAGAGGCACAGAAUCAUCAAACUCUCCUCAUAAACGAGCUUUUCAAUCCCAGAAUCAUUUUCAUGAACCUCCUUGGAACACUGUCCAGUGUCACCACAUUUCCCUUAGAUAAGGGGAUCAAAUGUGCUCACAAUGCACCAAGUGAGGUAUAACCAGUGCGUUAUACAGCCUCAACAUUACAUCCUUGCUUUUAUAUUCUAGUCCUCCUGAAAUGAAUGCUAACAUCACAUUUGUCUUCCACACCACAGACUCAACCUGAAUAUUAUCCUUCAGGGAAUCUUGGACGGGUCCUCCCAAGUCCCUUUGUACCUCAGAUUUUAGAAUUUUUCUCCAUUUAGAAAACAGUCUAUGCUUUUAUUUCUUCUACCAAAGUGCAUGACCAUACACUUUCUGACAUUGUAAUUCAUCUGCCACUUCUUUGCCCAUUCUCCUAAUCUGUCUCAGUCCUGCCAUAGCCACUACUUCCUCAAAACUACCUGCCCUUCCACCUAUCUUUGUAUUGUCUGCAAAUUUUGCAAAAAAGCCAUCAAUUCCAUCAUCCAAAUCAUUGACAUAUAAAGUGAAAGGAUGCAGUCCCAGCACAGACGCCACUAGUCACCAGCAGCCAACUAUGAAAGGCUCCAUUUACUCCCACUCUUCAUCUCUUGCCAAUCAGCCAUUGCUUUAUCCAUGAUAGAAUCUUCCCUGUAGUACCAAAGGCUCUUGAUUGUUAAUCAGCCUCAUGUGUGGCACCCUGUCAAAUACCACCUAAAAAUCCAAAUACACAAGCUAUAUAAAUUCUUCUAUCCUAUUUAUUUAUAAGACCAUAAGAUAUAGGAGAAGCAUUACACAAUUUGGCCCAUUAAGUUUACUUUGCCAUUCCAAAUUCCCUCUCCGGCCCAAUCUCCUGCCUUCUCCCAGUAUCCCUUCAUGACCUGACCAGUCAAGAAUCUAUCAACCUCUGCCUGAAAUAUACAUGAAGGCUUGUCCUCGACAGUUGCCUGUGGCAAAGAAUUCUACAGAAAUUCCUCCUCAUCUCCAUUUUAAAAGGACGCUCCUCCAUUCUGAAGAUGUGUUGUUUACAUCUUCUCCACAUCCACUCUAUCAAGGCCUUUCACCAUUCGCUAAGUUUCGAUGAGGUCAACCCUCAUUCUACUGAAUUCCAGCGAAUACAGACACACAGCCAUCAAACGCUUUUCAUAAUGACAAGGCAUUCAAUCUUGGAAUCAUUUUCCUGAACUUUCUUUGAACCCUCUCCAGUUUCAGCACAUCCUUUCAAAGAUAAGGGCCCCCAAACUGCUCACAAUAUUCCAAAUGAGGUCUCACCAGUGUUUUAUAAAGGCUUAACAUUAAAUUCUUUAUAUUCCAGUCCUCUUGAAAUGAAUGCUAACAUUUCAUUUGCCUUCCUCACUAUAGACUUAAACUGAAAGUUGACCUUUAGGGACUCCUAAGUCCCUUUGUGCCUCAAUUUUUUUGUAUUUUCUCCCCAUUUAGAAAACAGUCAACCCUUUCAUUUCUUCAACCGAAGUGCAUGACCACACACUUCCCGACACUGUAUUCCAUCUGCCACUUCUUUGCCUAUUCCCUUAAUCUAAGUCCUUCUGUAGCCUCUCUGCUUCAAAACUACCUGCCCCUCUGUCUUUCUUCAUAUCGUUUAUAAUUUUACAACAGAGCCGUCAAUUUCAAUAUCCAAAUUAUUGACAAAUAAUGUAAAAGAAAAUUGGUCCAACACAGGCACCUGUGGAACACCACUAGUAACCCCAACCGACCAGAAAAUGAUCCCUUUAUUCUCACUCUUUGCCUCCUGCCACCCAUGCUGGUAUCUGUAAUACCGUGGGCUCGUAGCUCGUUAAGCAGCCUCAUGUGUGGCACCUUGUCAAAAGCCUUCUGAAAAUCCUCUCUUCACUGAUGUCUGAAAGAGCUAAAGCCUCAAGAUCACUACUGUGUCCACUCUGACAAUAGUCCCUGCGCUUGCCCCUGUCUUCCUCUAAUUUGCUCUUGCUAAUCAAUCCCAAAUGCUGACUGCUGCCUUUUAUCCUCAUGCAGUGGAGCUGAUUGAAGUCCCAUCCUCUCACAGCUUCUGAUGUCUGAUGUCCAGACUGACCGCUGGUCAAUCACAAACAAGAGGAAAUCUGCAGGUGCUGGAAAUCCAAGCACCACACACUAAAUGCUAAAGGAGCUCAACAGGCCAGGCGGGCAGCUGUGGAAAAGUGUGCAGUCAACGUUUUGAGCUGAGACCCUUCAUCAGUACUGGGGGGGCGGGGGGAAGAGUGGAACAAGUACUACACCUGCCCCUACACCUCCUUCUGGCACUUCUUCCCCUCUUCUUUCUUGCAUGGCCUGCUGUCCUCUCCUAUCAGAUUUCCCCUUCUUCAGACCUCUAUCUCUUUCACCAAUCACCUUCCUAGAUUUUUACUUCAUCCCUCCCCCCAGUUUCGCCUAUCACUUUGUGGUUCUUUCUCCCCUCCCCACACUUUCCUACUCUGACUCCUCAUCUUGUCUCCCAGUCCUGAUGACUGGGAGACAAGUCUGAAACAUUGACUGUACUCUUUUCCACAGAUGGUGCCUGGCCUCCUGAGUUUGUCCAGCAUUUUGUGUGUGUGGCCACUGGUCAAAGCUCUUUGUAUUUUAAGAAUUCAGACAAUUGUCAGGCAAGAUUUUCCCUUGAGAAAGCCAUACUGACUAUGGCCUAUUUUAUCAUGUGCAUCCAGGUACCCCAAAGUCACAUCCUCAACAAUCGACUCCAAUAUCUUUCCAAAUACUGAGGUCGCAAUAAGUGGCCUAUACGCUCCUUUCUUCUGUCUCUCUCACUUCUUGAAGAGUGGAAUGACAUUUGCAAUUUUUCAUUCUUCCAGAACCAUGACGAAUCAACUGAUUCUUGAAAGAUCAUUACUAAUGCUUCUGCCACCUCCUUCAGAACCCUGAGUUGUCUACCAUCUGUUCCAGGUGACUUAACUACCCUUAGACAUUUCUGUUUCCAAGAACCUUCUCGCUAGUUACGGCAAUGCCACACACUUCUGUCCCCUGACAUUAUCAAACGUCCAGCAUACUGCUCAGGUAUUCCACGGUGAAGACUGAUGCAAAAUACUUAUUCAGUUCAUCUGCCAUUUCCUUGUCCCCCAUUACUACCGCACCAACAUCAUUUUCCAGUGGUCCGAUAUUUACUCUCGCCUCUCUUUUACACUUUGUAUAUCUGAAGAAUCAUUUGGGAUCCUCUUUAAUAUUAUUGGCUAGCUCACCUUUGUAUUCCAUCUUUUCCUUCUUUCUGUCUCUUUAGUUACCUACAGUUGGUUUUUAAAAACUUCCCAAUCUCCCAACUUCCCAGUAAUGUUUGCUCUAUUAUAUGCUCUCAUUUUGUCUUUUAUGUUGGCUUUGACUUUUCUUGGCAGCCACGGUUGCAUCACCCUGCCUUUAGAAUACUUCGUCCUCAUUGCAAUGUAUGUAUAUAUCCUGCGUCUUCUGAAUUACUUCCAGAAAUUCUGGCCAUUGCUGCUUUGAAUCAUCCCUGCCAGUGUGCUUUUCCAAUCAAUUUUGGCCAGCUCCUCUCUCAUGCCUCUGUAAAUCCAUUUACUCCACUAUAAUACUGAUACAUCUGACUUCAGCUUCUCUUUCUGUAAUUGAGGGUGAAAUCUAUCAUAUUGUGUUCAUUGCCGUUAAAGGUUCCUUCACUUAAGCUCUCCAAUCAAUUGUUCAUUGAAGAACACCCAAUCUAGAAUAGAUGAUCCCCUUGUGGGCUCAACCACAAACAGCUCUACCAAGCCACUCUACAAAUCCCCUUCCUGGGAUCCAGCACUAACCUGAUUUUCCCAAUCAACCUGCAUAUCAUAACUGUCGUAACAUUGCCCAUAUAUUUUAUGUGUCCAUUUUAAUCUGUAGAACACCUCUUUACUACUGUUUGGGGUCUGAAUAUUACUUCUAUGAGGGUCUUUUUACCUUUGCAGUUUAUUACCUCUACCCACAGUGAGUCCACAACUUCUGGUCCUAUGCCACUGCUUUCUAAUGAUUUGAUUUUAUUUUUGUACCUACAGAGUCACCCCACCCCUUCUGUCUACCUGUCUAUCCUUUGCUACAAUGUACUGUAUAUCCUUGUAUAGCAACAUGUUCCAAUAACUUGUCCCUCCAUCCAAAUGAACUCUCGAUUCCCUCUCCACCAUGCCAUGAUUUUGUCAAACACCUCUGAGGCUUUUGUCUCUGUUAGUUUGACCCCCUGCCCAUUUCAUGUACUCAGCUCUGGGGAGUAAUGACCCACUAGAUUGAAGUUUCAUUCUGAGUCCACAGCAGCUUGUGAGGGAGUUUUCUAACAUCAGCCCUAAAGUACAUUUCUCCCUGAGAUCAUGUCUGUAAUAGAAUAGUACAGCACAGUACAGGCCCUUUGGCCCACAAUGUUGUGCUGACCCUCAAACCCUGCCUCCCAUAUAAGCCCCCACCUUAGAUUCCUCCAUAUACUCCUCCAUAUAUUCCUCCAUUAAGAGUAGUCUCUUAAACUUCACUAGUGUAUCUGCCUCCACCACUGACUCAGGCAGUGCAUUCCACGCACCAACCACUCUCUGAGUAAAAAACCUUCCUCUAAUAUCCCCCUUGAACUUCCCACCCCUUACCUUAAAGCCAUGUCCUCUUGUAUUGAGCAGUGGUGCCCUGGGAAAGAAGCACUGGCUAUCCACUCUAUCUAUUCCUCUUAUUAUCUUGUACACCUCUAUCAUGUCUCCUCUCAUCCUCCUUCUCUCCAAAGAGUAAAGCCCUAGCUCCCUUAAUCUCUGAUCAUAAUGCAUACUUUCUAAACCAGGCAGCAUCCUGGUAAAUCUCCUCUGUACCCUUUCCAAUGCUUCCACAUCCUUCCUAUAGUGAGGUGACCAGAACUGGACACAGUACUCCAAGUGUGGCCUAACCAGAGUUUUAUAGAGCU